CCUCAGCAUCAGCUGCUGUGGAAGUUCUGCUCAGACUUUAAGGACAUGUCGACACGACGACGCAAAAAAACAAACCAAAAAAAAAAAAACAACAUGCAAGGGGGAGAAGAAAAGGACAAUGAAACGAGAGGAAGGAGGACAAGAAGCAGACGGACGGACGAACGGAGAGAUGUGGCUGCUGGAGGAAACAGAGGGAGGAGCUGGAUGGUGACAUCUUCACGGAGGAGGUGCAGCAGCUUGUGCAAGUUUGCAUCCAAACACCUCUCAGGAGAGGCGCGCUCCUUUUGCAGUGAAGCCAGCAAAUAUCUUGUGGAGGUUUUGCAGUCCGUCAGUCCAUCUGAACUGGAUGACGUCAUAGAAAAACUCCUGGAUUCAGUGGAAAAACAGCCACUGUCCUCUACUAUGAUCGAGCUGUCUGUGGUGGAAAGUGCUGUUCAGGACUGCACUCAGUCUUGUGAUGAAACCAUAGAUCAUGUUUUCAACAUCAUCGGAGCCUUUGACGUUCCCAGAUACAUUUACAGUGUGGAGCGAAAGAAAUUUGUCCCCAUCAGUAUGACUACCCACCUGUCGCCCAGCCUGUGCGGUUUAGCCAGAGACAAAGCCGAACUCUCCAGGGAGCGCUACACAAUCUUACAACAGCGAAUCCAUCGGCACGAACUGUUCACCCCCCCUGCAAUAGGAGCUGCUGUUGACGAGGGCCGAAAUAAAUUUCAGCUGAAAACAAUAGAAGCACUGCUCGGAAGCACGGAUAAACUGGGAGAGGUGAUCGUACUGGGCAUGAUUACACAACUGAAAGAGGGUAAAUUCUAUCUGGAGGACCUAAAUGGAACAGUACAACUGGAUAUGUCCAAAGCACAGUUUCAUAACGGCCUUUAUACUGAGUCCUGCUACGUACUGGCAGAAGGAUGGUACGAGGAUUCUGUGUUCCACGUCAAUGGACUUGGGUUUCCACCUACUGAGCCAUCAUCGGCCACAAGGGCAUACUACGGCAAUCUGAACUUCUUUGGAGGUCCAUCCACCGUUUCUGUGAAGGCAUCAGCCAAGCUGAAGCAGCUGGAGGAGGAGAAUGAGGAUGCCAUGUUUGUGAUUGUCUCCGAUGUGUGGCUGGACAGCGCUGAGGUGAUGGAGAAGCUCCACAUCAUGUUCUCAGGUUAUGCUGCAAUGCCUCCCACCUGUUUUGUUUUUUGUGGAAACUUCUCUUCUGCCCCAUAUGGGAAAACACAGAUCACGUCACUCAAAGAGUCUUUGAAGGCUCUUGCUGAUGCCAUAUCUACAUAUCCCAGCAUUCACAGCAGUAGUCGGUUUGUGUUUGUUCCGGGUCCUGAAGAUCCUGGUCCAGGCUCCAUCCUGCCGAGGCCUCCUUUAGCAGAUCACAUCACUGAGGAGUUCAGACAGAGGGUGCCAUUUUCUAUCUUUACUACUAAUCCAUGCAGGAUUCAGUACUGCAGCCAGGAGAUUGUAAUCAUUAGAGAAGACCUGGUCAACAAGAUGUGCAGGAACUGCAUCCACCUGCCCAAUAGUAAUCUUGACAUUCCAAACCAUUUUGUUCGGACUAUCCUUUGCCAGGGUCACUUGACUCCACUCCCUCUGUAUGUCAGUCCUGUUUUCUGGGCGUAUGACUACACCUUGCGCAUCUACCCCGUCCCUGAUGUCAUCAUCUUUGCUGACAAAUACGAUCCCUUCAACAUCUCCAACACCGACUGCCUUUGCCUCAAUCCGGGCUCAUUCCCACGCAGUGGCUUCACAUUUAAGGUGUACUACCCAUCCAACAGAACUGUUGAGGACAGCAAACUUCAAGAUCUUUAAAGGACAACUGGACAUAUGUGUACAAGUGGCACUGUUUUAUUUUGUAAAUAUGUUUGAUAGACUAGUAAUGGAACAUCUGUUUUAUUGUGUAUGUGACAUUUGUCUGGAACAAUAAAAGUUUUAUUGUU